AUGAUCAUCCCCGUCCGUUGCUUCUCAUGCGGCAAGGUCAUCGGCGACAAGUGGAACGCCUACCUGGCGUUGCUCCUCGGUGGAAUGGAGGAAGGUCCAGCAUUGACCGAGUUGGGGUUGCAGCGAUACUGCUGUAGGAGGAUGGUGUUGACGCACGUCGAUCUGAUUGAAAAGCUGCUGCAGUACAACAUUCACGAGCGUAGAAACGUCUGA